CCCCGUUUUCUGUAGCGCACACGGACUGAUUAUCAGGGACUCCUCGGGGCUCGGCAGCCGAGGGCGGGUGUGACACAAGCGGGAGGACGGAGCCACCACCUUCCCUACGUCAUUUCGGGGAAGAAACCGAAAGCGGCGCCGGAGGCUGCUGGGCAGGGACCCGCGGCUGCGACCCAGCGCUCCGGAGCUGGGUUUCAAUGGAUUUAACAAGUCCGCCACUAUCUUUACAAGAUAAUGGUUUCAGUGUGACAACCACUGACUCUUUUGGGACACCGAAAGAUGAGAUGGAAAGACUUAAGGAAGAACUGGAGAAAUGGAAGGCAAAAGUUGAAAAAGCUGAACAAGCAAAAGCUGACCUUCUACUCUGUAAAGUAAGUGCUGAUGAAGAGUAUAUUAAAGCAGAGGAGAAGCUGAUACAGCUAAAGAACCUCCAAGAGAAACAGCACAAGGACAUGAUGAUGUCUAGGGACACCUAUGAGAGAAAAAUCUUUGCACUAAACCAAGGGAACGCUGAGCUGAAGAAAGAGAUUGACAAGCUGCGGGGGGACCUCGCAGGGUGCAGUUCGGUGCUUUCGCGGGCCGGGCAGAUUAAAAAAAAAGUAGCAGAAAUGAAAAUGAAGUUCAGUCACAUGGAAGACAUGAAGGAUGAUUAUCCAGAUGUGAACACUCACUGCGUUUUUGGUGUAGCUACAAAAAUCCCAUUCAGACUGAAUCAAAACCAGGCCCUGCUCACUUUUGAAGAUGAAGAAGUUACGUUGAGACUGAUAAAGAUGGGUAAACAUACUGUGAACCUGGACAGCAAAAUAACAGAUGUGCACGUGAAGCCUUUUACACUUGAAAUGGGAAUCAAAUUUGAGCUCCAUGUCACUAUUUCUGGCAAGAAGAUCAACGUUUCAGACAUACCCGAGUUAUCCAUUCCUGAGGACUGGAUGAGAGACAAGUUAGAGCUCAAUUUCUACAAAUCUAAACAGGGAGGAGGAGGAGAAGUAGAAAACGUGAGCUACGACAGGCAGUCUGGAACAGCUGUUGUCACGUUCCUCACACCCGGAGCAGCCAAUGGCUUUGUGAGAUGUACUGAAUAUCCCUUCUUUGUAAAUGGAAGGUGCUACAGGCUUUCUGUUUCCCCAAACAGCUGCACACACUUGGAAAAGUUUCAGCUCUAUUGUGGUGUUUCCAAGAAGACCAUUCUGUUGAAAGGAAUUCAAGAGAUAGAAGAUGAUGAAGAAAGCAUACAGGACAUGAUUGAAAUUCAUUUUCAGAAGCCUAGUAAUAAUGGUGGGGAAAUAGAGAAAAUCAAAUAUGUAUCAAAAGGAGUAACAUGCGUUUGUUUUGAGGAGGAUACUUAGAAUGCCACAUAG